UUUCCGGUGACGUUUUGUUUUGAAGAGCCAAAGGUAGGAGCGUCUCAGACAUUUAGACGUGCAGCGAGCUUCCUGCUCGAAUCUAAACACCAGAAGCGCCGCAGUUUUUGUUACAUAAAGUCAUUUUUAAUUGAAACACCUUAAAAGUCUUAUUAAGCUGAAAUAGGGUGUUAAAAUGGAGGCCGUUCCCCGAAUGCCAAUGAUUUGGCUGGAGCUAAAGGAAGCUGGGGAGUUUGAUUUUAGCCCCUCUGUUAAACAGUUUAUUCAUGUGAACUAUGGUGAGAAUCCAGAGAACUACAAUGAGUCGCUGAAGAGGCUGGAGCAACUUAGGGAGGUUGUGGUAAAUAUACCCAGGGAUUUUGAGGGCUGCAGCACUUUAAGGAAAUACCUUGGUCAGCUGCACUAUCUGCAGAGUCGUGUUCCUAUGGCAACCGGCCAGGAGGCUGCCGUGCCUGUGACAUGGACGGAUGUCUUCUCAGGACGAAACGUUACACAUGAUGAUAUCAAAUAUGAGCAGGCUUGUAUCCUGUAUAACCUGGGUGCCUUGCACUCUAUUCUGGGCACUUUGGAUAACCGUCUGUCUGAAGAGGGGAUGAAAGUGUCCUGUACGCAUUUCCAGUGUGCGGCUGGCGCUUUCACUUACCUGAGAGAUCACUACAAUCACAGCUACAGUUCUGACUUGAACAGCCAGACGCUGUCGAUCAACAUCAGCCUCAUGCUGGGCCAGGCCCAAGAGUGUCUCUUGGAGAAAACUCUACUAGACAACAGAAAGAGUCAUUUAAUAGCAAAGAUUUGUUCCCAGGUGUGCGACUAUUACAAAGACUGUCUGAGGGUUUUGGAUCAUUCUGAAUGUAUACCAGGACGGAUUCAGAAGGAGUGGAAGAAACUCGUCGGCCUGAAGAUCAGCUACUACACUGCUGUUACAAAUUUGCACAUGGGAAAACAAUCAGAGGAGCAGCAGAAAUUUGGAGAAGCAGUCGCUUACUUUCAGUUCUCUCUGGAUAAACUUAAUGAAGCAAUUAAGCUGGCCAAGGCUCAACCGGAUUCUGUGCAGGAAGCUUUGAAAUUCACAAUGGAUGUGAUCGGUGGAAAGUAUAACUCUGCUAAAAAAGAUAAUGACUUCAUUUACCACGAGUCUGUGCCCAACAUGGACACAUUGGCAUCAGUUAAAGGAGCCUCCUUGGUGAAACCCUUGCCUGUGAACCCAACAGAUCAAAGCGUCACUGGUCCUGACCUCUUUUCUAAACUUGUUCCCAUGGCAACCCAUGAGGCCUCUUCCCUUUACAGUGAGGAGAAGGCAAAGUUACUUAGGGAAGUUGUGGCUAAAAUAGAAGACAAAAACCAAGUGCUUGAGAGGUUUAUGGAGUCUCUGAGCACUGACUCUGUGUAUAAGUUAGACAUGUUUAAAACUCUCCCUGACACACUACUGGAAAAAUGUGCUUAUCUCAGUGUGCGACCAGACACUGUCAAGAACCUAGUUCAGGCUAUGCAAGCACUAUCAAGUGUUUACACUGAUGUGGGUUCAUCUUUGGAUGAGGUCCGUAGUGCCUUGGAAGAAGAUGAGGCUGGGGAAAAGAGUUUAAUGGAGGUAGUGGGGCAGAAGGGAUUGCCGCCAAGGCCUCCAACCAUUCAGGAAAUUCAGAAAGAGUUUCAGAAAUAUGAGGCUGUCCAUCAAGCGGCCAGCCAGACCAACACUGAGCUCCACAAAGCCAUGAACCAGCACAUACCAAACCUACGUUUGUUACAGAAAUCUGUUGAAGAACUCAGAAAUAGCCUGCCUCUGCCACAACUGAGUCGGGAUGACAUGACAUCUUUGCAAAAAAUGAAGACACUAUUAGACAAAGUUGAUGAAAUGCGAAAGCAGAGGAUCUCUUUGGAGAGCCAGCUUCGUGACCUCAUUCAUAAAGAUGACAUCACCAGUUUCCUGGUAACAGCGGAUCGGGCUGAGAUCAAGACAAUGUUUGUGGAACAGCUAAAGAAAUAUGAUCAGCUAAAAGGAUAUCUAGAGCAGAACUUAGCAGCCCAGGGUAACAUCUUGAAAGCUCUGACUGAUGCCAAUGUGCAGUAUGCCCCUGUCCGCAAAACGCUCACACUCACAGAGCAAGAAUGGAACAGCAUGGUACAAUCCAUGAUUGCAUCAUUUGAAGCAUAUGAGGAUCUGAUAAAGAAGGCUGAGGAGGGCAGAGACUUUUACCAAGAUCUGGACAAGAAGACCUCCAGCCUGUUAGAAAAAACCAAGUCCUACUGUCAAUCAAGAGAGGAUGAGCGAGUUGCCAUACUGGACAAGGAGAUUGGAAAAGGGCAACCCCCUAAACUUGCCACCCAAAAGCCUGUGGUUGGACAGAAAGUUCUUGGUUCUAAAUCUGGCCCCUCCAGUCUUGAUGCUGUUCUUGGCCCAUCAGUUGCUCCUUUUCCUGGUGGACAUAACAUCCCACAAGGCCUUCCACCAACCCCUCUUAGCUGGCCACAAGGGGCAAGCCCAGUUCCAUCUACUAGAUUUCCAAACCCACAAUUUCCCAAUGCAGACUCAAAGCCUAGUCAUCUGGCCCAGCAUCUCCCGCAAAAUCGUUUACCUUAUGUUCCAGGCCCAGGAAUACCACAACCCGUUCAAAUCCCUGGACUGCCACAGCAGUUCCAGCCGAGAUCAGCUGGUGGUACCGCACCCGUCUAUCCUCAAGUUAACCAACCAGCCACCUCACAGGUGCCUACUCAGGGCUACAAUCCAGCACUCUGGCAGCAAUCCCAUGGUGGGCCUGUUGCAGGGGGUUAUACUGUGCCUCCACAAAUGGGGCAGAUUCCCCAAAACUGUAUUAGACCUGGUGUGCCAGGACCACAAGUAUCCCUUGGGCAGCAGAUUGGCAUGCCUCAGUCUUCCUCUGCCCAACAGAUCAUACAGGGAGCCCCGUACCAAAACUUUACUCCCCUGCCUGGACAAAACAUUUCCACAAACACACCAAGAAGUGCAUUUCCUGGUCAAAUCUUGCCACCUAUCCAUCCUGGACAAUUUCAGCCACAGCAACAGCCUGGCCUUCCACCAGGUUACAGACCAGCUUUAGUUCCACAUACUCAAGGUAUACCAGGCCAAAUUGCAGUAUCCCAACCUCAGGGAGCUUUCAUUUCAGGGCAAGCCCAGCCUGGUCUUUCUAAUCAGUUCCAUCCAAGUCAACUUCCACAAACCAGGCCUCAGCCUUUUAUGGGCUAUGCUCCCACAUCAUUUGCAUCUUCGCAACCUCAAAUGAUCUCGGGACCCUUCCAGAAUCCCCACCAAAUACAGCCAGGGUCUCAGAAUUUUCCACAGGUACCCUUCAGCCAGAGUUCACAAAUUCCGUUUGGUCUUGGUCCAUCCAACCAGCUCCAAAUGCCCCAAGGGGCUGUACCACGACCAAACAAUAUGUAUUCAUUUGGACCACCACACAUGGGCCAGCAGACCAUUCCACCCCAAUUCAACACCAUGUUUAAUGUAACAGGACAGCCCACAAAUGCUCCCAGUCAAAGCCAGACACCCGUCCAAGUUAUGGACAAUCCAGUUCCUCCUUCACUGGCCAGCACUCUUAUACCUACUCCAUCACCUUCCCAGAGCCAGAUCUCCACUACUCGGCCAGAUGUACCAACCUCCACAUUGGCAAACCAGAGUUUAGAGCCUAAAUCCACACCAGGUGAUGCUCAGCCUGACAAGAUUCCUCAAGAGGCAGCGUCUGGCUCCAGUACAAUUUUGGAUUCUCUUCAGAACAAGGUGAAUAAUCUCAGCAUUGAAUCCAAGAGUGAAGGCCCAGAAUCUGGAGUGGAUAAAAAGCUAAAUUUUGGUGCUGAACCCUCACAGCCUUCUGAGCAGAUGAAUGGCUCCAUCAGUCAUACCAAUAACUGCACAGAUGCAGUAAGUGGUAGCCAAAUUACAGUGCAGAGCACCAACCAAAACAGUGACAAUAAUCCUUUUGGUGAUCUGGAUCCUCUGUGGUCACUAAACAAGUGAUGCCUGAAACUAUACUUGUAUAUAAACAUCUACUAACAUAGAAUUGUACUAUAUUCUAUGUGUACUACACACUAUGACUUAUCAAAUUGACUAAUAAUUUCAAUUUGCAAAUUAAACUCUUGCACUGUUUCUAUGCAAUCCUAGACUUCUGUCUGGUAUUACUUUAAUGCGUUUCUGUUCCUCCACUCUUAGAAAAAAAUGUUGUCACUGGGGCAGUACCCUUUGAAAAGGUUCGAAUAUGUACCAUAUAUGUAAGGAUUUGUAUACAUAUAAUGAACCUUUGAGGCACCAAUACGGACUCUUUAGGUACAAUGGGUACUUUUUAAAAGGGCAUCGCCCCAGUGACACCAUGUGCAACUUUUUUGAGAGUGUACAUAGCACUUUAGUCUGCACUCUGGUGAAUAUACUUUCCAUUGUUUCUAAAACAAAACAUUUUGAAACAAAAGUACUUUUCUUGCUCCUAAAUUUAUUUGUAUUGUUAAUGUAAACAGACUUCUUUUACUUCUGCAUGGAUAACAAAAAGUUCGGAUUUAAAACACUGUACUUGCUGCUUCCAUAUUAAAUCUUUUGCUGGAAACUUUGAAA